AUGGAUAAAAACUAUUUGCAAUCUAUCAUUGACGGACUUAAAUCUUCCUCGUCUAGUCGAAUUCAGGAUUCUCUUACAAAAAUUCGGUCUUCCGUUAUAACAUCCGAAAAAGGAACAAGGCUUUUUCGCGAGUGUGGAGGAUUAGAAUGUCUAAUACCGCAUUUACGAAAACCUAAUGAACGCAUUCUUGAUGUUACAUUAAGUAUUCUAGGCAAUAUUUGCCUCGAUGAAAAGUGCAGCCUAGCGGUUGGAAAACUAAAUACGUUUGGCCCACUUGUAUGCAUUCUAAAUACUGUAUGUAGAGACAGUAUUCUUGGGAGAGCUUGUAAGAUGGUUGGUAAUUUGGCACAAUCAAAGUCUAAUGCAGAAAAUUUGCAUAAUCAUGGAAUUGUAAAAGCUUUGGUUUCUCUCAUAGAAAGCAGGGAUAAAAGUACAUCAAAUCCAACUCUUACCAUGGCUGUUAGAGCAAUCAGACAACUAUGGAUGAUAACAGAUAAGCGUGAUGAAAUGCUCAGCUUAAAUGUGGCUAGAUGUGUUGCAAUUUUGUUGACAACUGAAUGUGAAUCUAUUGGUCUUAUUAAAUCCACAAAUUUAGAUAAUGUUAUUAUGGAGCCUGGGAGGAGCCAAGAAGAACUUAUAAUUGGUAUACUUAAAUGUCUAGGAUAUUUUACAACAUAUUCAAUUCCCCAAUGUGCUGAACAGUUACAAGGUGAUGGAAGAGGCUAUCAAUGUCUAGUUGCUUUGACAAAAACAAAUGAAUCAUUAGCUUUGAAAUGCCUCAUGAAUCUUUGUUACCUGUCUGUAUGCAGGCCACUGCUAGGGACUGCUGGACUUGUUGAAUGCCUUGUCAGUAUUUUACAAAGAAAUUCAGAUUUGUCACGUUGGCCAGAUGGUGCUGUUAAAACCUUAGCUCAGUUAAGUGGAGAAUCUGUUAAUAGAUCUCGUUUACGACAUUGUGGUGGCUUACCAUUACUUGUUGCAGCAGCCAGGGUAAACAAUCGGGCUUUACAUGCACUCCUUCAGUAUGUUUUUGAUGACACAGCAUUUCAAAUACUCAUUGGAGAAGGUUUAAUAACACUCUUAACUGAAAAACUGACAGCCUAUAUAAGUAGUAUGGAGUAUGAACAUAAUCACAUAACUAAAGAAAAAAGUAUUGAAAAGCAGAGAGAAGUGAAUCAGAAAUAUGCUGAUAAUAUAAAACUUAAUGAAUUAUGCAUGGAUUUGCAACAAAACCAACUGACAGAGACAGUAGAUGACCUUAAGGUUGUAAUAGAAAGAGAUAACAUGAUAGUUGGGUUUAUUGAUGCUAUAGGUAGUGAUAAAUCAGAUGACAGUGAUAAUGACAGUUCUGUGCCUGCAUCUACUUCGCCUUUACGGCGAAGAGGCCUUAAGCGUGGUAGGACAAGUCCAAAAAAUUUUAAAAAGAAGCCAAAAAUUAUUAAAAUGGCGAAAAAGGAUUGGUCUGCUGGUGUGUACUGGGAGCCAAAGAGUCCUGAACCUAUAUCACCCCAAUUUACCCGAAUGAAUUCUCCUGAUAGAUUAGACUUGAGUCCAUUGUCUCCAUACUCUGAUGGAAAUUGGUCAGGUUUGAGUCCAGAUCAGGCACAUGGUAAGAGGAGUGCCUGGGAUUGGAGUCCAGCAUCUAGUAGCACUGAUGCAUCUACUUCACCAAAUAGGGUGGAAUUUCCUUGGAGUCCAAGCAGUUCUGGUCCAGCUUCUCCUCUUAGUACUGAAGAUAAUAGUUCAGACUCUGAAGUGUCGGGCCGUUAUUCACCAGUAUGUAGCGAUAGUGAAGAUGAGAGGGAUGAUAGUAUUGUUAUUACACCUGGAUUAGAUCCCGAACAAGUAGCAUAUGAUUUAGAGGAACUUAUAAUGGAAGAUGAAGAAAGCAAUAAUGAGGCACCAAAUAAAGAAGAUGAUAAAAAAGUUACCAUAACCAAGACCUCUGGCAUAAUGUGUAUACUAGUUCUAAUGUUUCGUGUAUCCCAUGGUGCUGGUACAGGCAUUGAGAGUCAAGAUGACAUGUCACCUAGUUUAGACCUUUUAACUGGUCGAGAAUCUAUGAAUGCCCUACUUGAUUAUGUACAGAGAUGUAGGCGACCGACAGGCAGAGCUGCAAGAAUUAUAGCCAGGAUACUUAGCAAUUCUUUAUGUCUUAUAAGCAUACUUAAGCAUAGAUUCGUGAUUAGAUUACAUAAUAUGUCAGUUAAUUCAAAACACCCACCUACUGAAUGUCGUCAGUGUAAACAACUUUUGAAACUAGGUUCAAAACUACUGGAGCAAGUAACAAUUGUGGCAGAAUCAAGUCAUGGUAUUGGUGAAAUUAGUUAUCAUUUACUAAAGGGUACUUCAGAUAUGAAACAGACAUUAUCUCUUACUUUACCAUACAUAAUAAGGUCAGAAAAAAUCUUAAAGAAGUACUUUUUGGAUUGUGAAGCAUUGGAUGUACUUUUUUCCAUGUUAUCCGAAACUUUAACAGAAGAUAUCCAACAUUGCAUUACAGCUUUAGCUAAGUUAGCCACAAAUCUUCAAAUACGAGAUCCUAAACUUUUAGAGAAUCGCUACAAGGAUAAUGUUCCAAUUAGUUAUGAUCCAAUAUUAGACAACCUUUCUCAAGAAGAUAUUGUGGUAUUUGUUUUAGAUGAUCAGUCAACAGUUAAAGCAAAUAAAAACUUUUUGUGUCAACAUUCUGAAGUAUUCAAAGUAAUGCUUACGGGAUCUUUCAAAGAAUCUUCAGAAAAAUGUGUUACCCUCAAAAAAGUAUCUAAACAAGCACUUGAAUAUCUUUUAACACUUUUACAUUGUGGAUUAAAUAAAAUUAAAUGUGAUAUUAAAGUAUUCCCUCUCUGUGAGAAUUUAGAAACAAAUUUGGAGGUGCUUCUGUUGGCUGAUAGAUUUUUGUUUGAGAGAAUAAAGACCCUAUUAUGUAGUGCUAUUAUACAGUUCCAAUUGACAUCUGAUACUGCAGAUAAAAUUUAUAUUUGGUCCUUACAAGAUGGGGUUGGUUUUCUCUGUGUAGAGGCAUUAGCAUACUUGUUAACAGGAACUAUGAAUGAACAAAACAGACAUAAAUGUAUUAAAAAUAUUCUUGAUUUAGAUUACAAGGACCAGUGGUUGGAAGAUGUUAAGGCCAUGAUUAUAAGACAAUUAUUAAUUAAAUGA